CUCGCCAUGCUGCUGUGGGCCCCCCGGGCGCUGCUCACCCUGCUCCUCCCCACACUGCUGGCUCAGGGAGAAGCCCAGCAGGGCAGGAACACCACCAAGCCCACUCUUCUGAGGCUGUCGGAUCACCUCCUGGCCAACUACAAGAAGGGCGUGCGGCCCGUGUGGGACUGGAGGAAGCCAACGACCGUGGCCAUCGAUGUCAUUGUCUACGCCAUCCUCAGUGUGGAUGAGAAGAACCAGGUCCUGACCACUUACAUCUGGUACCGGCAGCACUGGACUGAUGAGUUUCUCCAGUGGAACCCCAAGGACUUUGACAAUAUCUCCAAGCUGUCCAUCCCCACCGACAGCAUCUGGGUCCCGGACAUUCUCAUCAACGAGUUCGUGGACGUGGGCAAGUCUCCAAAUAUCCCGUAUGUGUAUGUUCGGCAUCACGGUGAGGUCCAGAACUACAAGCCCCUCCAGGUGGUGACCGCGUGUAGCCUGGACAUCUACAACUUCCCUUUCGAUGUGCAGAACUGCUCAUUGACCUUCACCAGCUGGCUGCACACCAUCCAGGACAUCAACAUUUCCCUGUGGCGUUCACCAGAAAAGGUGAAGUCGGACAAGAGCGUCUUCAUGAACCAGGGAGAAUGGGAGCUGCUGGGCGUGCUGACCCAGUUCCAGGAGUUCAGUAUAGAUGGCAGCAUCUACUAUGCGGAGAUGAAGUUCUAUGUGGUCAUCCGCCGGCGGCCGCUCUUCUAUGUGGUCAGCCUGCUGCUGCCCAGUAUCUUCCUCAUGGUCAUGGACAUCAUGGGCUUCUACCUGCCCCCAGACAGCGGUGAGAGGGUCUCCUUCAAGAUCACGCUCCUCCUGGGCUACUCCGUCUUCCUGAUCAUCGUGUCUGACACGCUGCCGGCCACUGCCAUCGGCACUCCCCUCAUCGGUAAGGCCCAUUCUGAAGGAAGAGCUCAGGCUGGUGAGAAGCCGGCCCCCUCCCACCUCCUGUGUGUGUCUUUCCCCACCCCGGGGCCCGCAGGUAUCUACUUCGUGGUGUGCAUGGCCCUGCUGGUGAUCAGCUUGGCCGAGACCAUCUUCAUCGUGCGGCUGGUGCACAAGCAGGACCUGCAGCAGCCCCUGCCGGCCUGGCUGCGGCGCCUGGUGCUAGAAAGGAUCGCUUGGCUCCUCUGCCUUGGGGAACAGACAACCUCCCGGAGGGCCCCCACCACCUGCCAAGCCAGCAAGGCUGAUGAUUGCUCAGCCACGGAAAACCACUGUGGCCAUUUGGGUGGAUCUCUGGACUUGGAGAAGAACCCUAGGGGCAAAUGCAGCCCCGCCCCACCCCCACAGGAGGCCUCACUGGCCGUGACAGGGCUGCUGCAGGAAUUGUCCUCCAUCCGGCGCUUCUUGGAGAAGCGGGAUGAGAUCCGAGAGGUGGCCCGGGACUGGCUGCAGGUGGGCUCCGUGCUGGACAAGCUGCUCUUCCGAAUCUACCUGCUGGUGGUGCUGGCCUACAGUGUCACCCUGGUCAUGCUCUGGUCCAUUUGGCAGUAUUCUUAAGAGGAUACAGCCCAGCCAGGGACGAAAGCAUGGGGCUGGUUAGGACAGGGAUGGGUGAGUUCCACUUAGGUCCUUCAGGGCUCCAGAGAUGCCAAGGACAUCUUCAAAACACAGAUAGAGUCCCAUCCCCUGUUUCCAAUGUCAAGUCAUCUCAGCAAUGCUGAACCCUACUCCUCCCAAAAACUUUAUGCUCAAGGCCCUUCCAUCCUUUUCCAGCCUCCAACUGCUCAUUGUGGCUUUAAAACAUGCGAUCUCAGAUCAGGGG